UUUGUCCUAGUGGAUGGGGGUUGUGUCCUAAGCCAUGGCCACAGACAGUUGAUGUGCUUGGCCAGAUCUGUUCUCAGUAAGGCAAAAAUCUUGCUGCUUGAUGAACCUAGUGCUCAUUUGGAUCCAAUAACAUACCAAAUCAUUCGAAAAACCCUAAAACAAGCCUUUGCAGAUUGCACAGUAAUCCUCUCUGAACACAGGAUAGAAGCCAUGUUGGAAUGUCAACGAUUUUUGGUCAUAGAGGAGAACAAGGUGCGCCAGUAUGAUUCCAUCCAGAGGCUGCUGAGUGAGAAGAGCCUCUUCCGCCAGGCCAUCAGCCCCUCAGACCGGCUCAGGUUCUUCCCCACCCGGAACUCGAGCAGGCACAAGUCUCGAUCCAAAAUCGCUGCUCUGAAGGAGGAGACGGAAGAAGAAGUGCAUGAAACAAGGCUCUAGAGAGCAGUGCAAAUAUUUGCAUAGGAUGUUCGCCUAUGAAAUUGGAGGAGAAAACAGUUUCUGCCUAAAAAAACUAGGAUGAGUAAUGUUUAUCAUUAAAAGGAAAAACUUUGAUAAGAGGAGUUAAGGACAGUCAGAUGGGUCUGGAUGAGUGGCUUCCUGGCAGUGGGCAAAUUGUGUGAAAGGUACUCCAAAUCCUUGAAGAUUUACCACGUGUGUUUGCAAGCCAGAUCUUCCUGAAAACUUUUUCCCCUUGUUGGUAAUUGGAAAGGUGACUAUCAACGUCAGCCUGCCUCAUCGUUCAACUUACUGUUUAGUGAGACUUGCUAAUUUGUAUUAUUGGAGAACUGUAAUCACACUACUUAGAGAUAUGAUUAAGUAAUGGUAACUGGAAACUUUAGUGGCUUAUAUAAGUUUAUAUCCCUUUUCCUGUACUCUCUCCAAGAUAUUUGAGAACAUUAUAUCGUCUGUUAAGUAUUCAGACUGUCCUGUUUCCAAGAAAGUGUUAGAAUACCCCAAGAGUCACACAUCAGCUUGUCAAAAUACAUACCGUGUACAUCUAGGUAUCAGGAGAGAGAACUUCCCCAUCUGGGAAAACUGUGAAUACCACUGAUCGCUCUACCAAAAGUCCAAAUAAUUCGAUUUUAGUACAUCCCUUAUCUAGGAAGAGGGCUGUUACAGUCCCGUGUAUUAGGAUAAUUCCCUUGAUACAGAAGUUGAUACAACUUUUCCCUGCUUCCAGAAAGUAACAAGCUCAUAAGACCUCUGAACAGAGGAUGGCUGGAAAAAAUGCUUUAAAGCAAAUUGGUUCAGGAAAACCCUUCUCACCCCAGAAGCUCUGGGAGGAGAGGGUGUAGGCAGAUAGGCUGUCAGCGCUGUGGGUAGAUACACAUGAAAUCCGAAGAUGUGGGUAUAUAUAGGGUUAUGUUGUAUAGUUUCAGGCUAGCUACACACACUUCCUACUGUAUUGACUGACUGGUGCAGAUAAUGGGAGAUACAUGAAAGAGUCAAUCAAUUCGUUUUAUAUGCUUCUG